AUGACAGAAUUUUGUGAAUCAUUUGGUAAUGAUGAAUUACAAAAGAUUAAGAUUUUCCGUUGGAAUAAGAAUGUAGAUAAGAAUGUUAUAUUUGUUCAUGGAGGAGCUUGGAGAGAUCCUAGUAAUACAUUUGAUGAUUUCCAAGAUUUUGCUAAGCAUCUUAUAGAAACGACCAAUUGUAAUGUAUUUGGACUUAAUUAUAGAUUAUCUCCAGAAUUCAAACACCCAUAUCAUCUCAUAGACGUAGUACAGGGUCUUAACCAUUUAUAUGAACACUUUGGAGUAUCAAAGGUUCAUUUAAUUGGCCAUUCCGUGGGGGCCACAUUAUUGUUACAAGUGUUGAAUGCAAAGGAUACAAUUGAAAGAGGAUUAGUAAAUUUAAGUGGGAAUAUUGAUGAUAUUGUCGUUUUAAAUACAAGUAUCGAGAUCGAAGCAUUAUUUCUAAUCGAUGGGAUUUACGAUAUUCCCGGGUUAAUAGAAGAGUACCCUGGCUAUAUCAGUUUUGUGAAGGAUGCAUUCAUAUCACCAAAACAUUAUACAGAUGGAACUGAUAUUUACAAUCAUCAAUCAUAUCCGAAAUUAAUAAUUAUUCAAUCAUUACAAGAUGAACUUUUAUCACUUCAACAAACCCAUUUAUUACAGAGUCACUUGGAUAAGCUUAACAUACAAUACUCCUUACAUAGUGGAGAAUGGGGGUUACAUGAACAAGUUUACCGUACAAAACAAGUAUUUAACUUAAUUUCUGACAAUAUAUAA